AUGAAAACACGUAAACAUGCAGAUGAAUAUAAAGGUGUUAAAGGCGUGGAAAAUAAUACAAACGUGUUACAUCAACUUGCCAAGGAUCAAAAAAAUAAUGCAGCUACUGACAAAGAAAAAUCAAAUACAAGUGUUAGUAUUAAACAGGAUGAAAAAAAGUUUGAAAGAAACAAUGGGAGUAUAAAUAAUUUCAAUGGAGACGAGUCUAUUAUAAAUGAGCCUAAGAUUCCCGAAAGUAUUAAGAAUAAUAAGACUAAAGACAAUAAAAAGUUAAUCACAGAUACAAACGAUAUUAACAAUAACACUUCAAAAAAGGCUAAUAACGAAACAUCUGCAAUUAAUGUAAAAAAUGAAAAAGUUCAGAAUAAUGAAGGAGGGAGUAAGGGGUAUUAUCAAGGAGGUCGUAAAAAUCAAGUAAAUAAAGAAAAUGAUACGGAACUACAUACAGGCGUCAAUGAACCAAGUAACCAGACAAGUUUAAAAAAUGAAUUGGAUGAAGAAAAUAUUAUAAAUAAACCUGGAAACCAAGGAUAUCUGGAGAAGAAGAUAAAGCAAGAAAAACAAGCAAUCGAGUCUGAAAAUUUAUUUCAAGGGAAUGGUGGAAUGGAGUUCUCGAAAACAGAAGCGAAUAAAUACAAAAAUAAAUCGAAAGAACAAAGUACAAAGAAUGAACAAAAUGGCAAAAAUCAGACAAUACACAGAAACACAAGAAAGAAUAACGACUUUAAGAUGGUUCGGUAUUAUAAACUCAUGAGAGAAAAUGAUUUAGAAAACAAUAUCCCUAACGAAGAGUUAGAAACAGAUGGUGAUAUGAAAGACUAUGAAACAAGCUUAAAUGGUAAAAAGCAAUAUUUCAAUAACAUGGAAGAUGCAAAAUCCGAAGAACAAGGACAAAAAGCUGCAGAAAAUAAAGAUAACUCGUUUGAUCAUUUUAAAGAUUAUCCAGAACAUUUCAAUAAAGACGAAAAUACAAAAGUUUUUAUUGAAAUUUUGAAAGGAAAGAAAGAAGGAACCAUUAUGGAUAUUAACAAAAAACUUGUUGACAUAAAUGAAAAAGGUGUAAUAGAAUGUAAAAAUGAUUUAGAAAAUGAGAAAUGUGAUAAAAAUACUAAUAACAAUGCAGAGAAAGACAAAAGGUCAUGA